UGUUGUUUAGUACGGCGUUUUUCUGCAAAUUAUAGCAAAUGUAGCUUAAAAAUGCUACCAAAGGCAUCAUUAUCGGCUAUCGUCAAAGAAGAGAUAAGCCUCGAGGGGCUGGAAGGGAGUACCCUUAACACACUAUGGAAUCGCAUCGCUGUACGGCUGGGGAUGACCAUGCCGAUUCCCGCGAAGCUGAUGGAUACGGUAUGGGCGAAGGUUUUGGACAAUCCCGAGCUUGAAUACUAUCUGCUGCUGGAAUCACGGAAAACUUACGUGUGGUUCGAUCGGCUGGCCAAUGUUGAUCCGGAGACGGGCGUACAGCUGCAACCGCCGGAGUAUCCCGGCCAUCGGUUCAAGUAUAACCCGAUUGAAGCGAAUGGCAUACGUGGAUCUUGCGAAGAGUACUCCACUCGUACGCCAAUGUCCCGGGAAGAGCUUCGGGCGAUCAGUUCGCAGGAAGCUGAAGAAAGAUAUGGUCAAAAGUUUGUUAUCGUUGCAUCGCAGCGUUUGCGGGAAUCUUUUCUCAUUCACCCCAAUUGUACUACCGAUCUGACGCUGGUGCAGUACUGCAUGCUGGAAUGGAUAGGGCGCUCCCGCUUCAACGGCGAAACCUCCCACGGCAAGUUCUCGCUGCUCGAGGUGGCGGGAGAUUCCAGCGCAUUGUUUUACAAUCGCAAAGCAUUGUGCAACGCCCGGUUGAUUACGCGCCAGAACCUUUCCAUCCGCUCGGAAGACGCCAGCGUCAUGGGCAUCGUGAUGCACUUGCCGCGGUACUACAACGAAAUGAAAUCGAAACAGCUUAUGAUCGCCCAACGUGUGGUGACGGAGUUGAAGCGCCGCCGGGAUUAUAUCGCCGACUACGAGGAGAUAAAGCUGAUGAUGCUCGGACGGGCGGACGCGGGGAAGCUGUUUCGCACGCCGGAGUUUCAGCGGUACAUCAAGACAGACGAGCAGGUGCCGUACCGGGAGCUUUAUCCGGAUGCACCGGUAUCGGCGUGGCAGUCGAAGCGUGGCGAAGAAAAGUUCGUGCGCAUCAUGCGUCUGAUCGACCCCAAUGCGGAUGUGCAGGACCGCGAGCCGGAUGACGCGGAGCAGAAAGACGGGUUUCUCGCCAGCGCAAACAAGAGUGCGCUCUAUGUGGACAUGUCGCUUGGCCGGCAAGCGUUGAAAACGGUGGCAGAGAGUGGCGAGUCGGGCAUUUCCCAGUCGGAGCUGGCCGCGGCACUUGAGCAAGAUCGAUUGAAUGCGCGUGGAAUUGUGAAGAAUAUGGUCAAGAUGAAGCUGGUUGCUAGUCAAUCGGAGGACAAAGGGAGGCAGCGAAUGGCUAAAUAUUACAUACCAGGGCAGAGGAAACCUUGUACGCAGUACGAUAAAGAGCUGAGCCAGUUCGUGUCAAAUCAGCUGGAAGUGAUUGAAACCCAGCGGCAACAACAAUCCAGCAUGGAAGCGGAAAAUUUUUUCAAAGAAAGCUCCAAGCUGAUGCCGGACGCACAUACUCUGGCCGAAAACUAUAGUACGAUGUUCAACAGCUGCGUUCCUACAGAUAGGAACAAUGAUGGAAAAAUCGUACUUCCGCUGGACGCGUUCAAUAGCGCUGGGCAAGACAACAUCGUGACUAGUGUGAUUCUCUCGAACAAACUGAGUUCGAUGAAAGUAAAACCCGGAAUUUCGGAGGCCAUGAAGACGAAGUCGGUCAGUGUGUUAAUGCUGCGCCGCUGUAACUUCAUCGUCAAUCUCGUCAAGCACGAGCGUGCGAUCGAUCCGAGAACGAUCUUCAAACGGCUAGCGACCGAGGAACGCAACAGAGGGAUGAAAUACGAGGCGUGCAGUAGGUCCGUGAAGCGUCUAAUCGGUCAGCUAGCCGCCGACCGGUUGGUGCUGAUCGCGAACAUCACGAUGAAGCGCGACGAGCGUGAGAUCAAGCAUGUGUUUGUGUGCGAUACCAAAAUCAUGCUCGAUCUGGCGCCGCUCCAGUCGCGGGUCAACAUGGUCAAGAUGCGCGUAGCGCUUCAAUCGAACCCACAGGCGGACACCCGAAGCCAACCUGCUACAUCGGUGCGCGAAAACACCGGUUGCCUGUCCAAAUGCUUGAGGAUGAAGCUUUUCCACGAGUUUUUGUUCUAUCUGGUGUACGAUCACCGUCCGGACGCAACGGAGCUGCCCAUUGGCGAGCUGAAAGAGAUCGAUCUGAGCGGAUUGGAAGCACACGAACUGACACCGGUCUACAGCGACACGAACGACUGGAAAAUGUUUGUCCCCCCGAUCCCGGUACGGUAUGAACCGUACGGUGCGGGCUGGGUGCUGCUCGCGGAUGUGCUCGUACGAAUGCCACUCGCCAUCUUCUGCUCGAUCGGCGCUUUUACGUACUAUGUGCCGGAGCUGGAAUACUACCUGGACCACCCGUUGCGUCGUUACUUUCUGAUCAAACAGCUGCCCGAUAGGAUCCAGGAGCGGCUCUUCGCCAAACGGCGCUACAUAUAUUCAAUCCUGGUCACCGUUAAGCUGCUGUGCUACGCUGGCCUGGUGCAGAUAGGACCGCAGCUGGCGAAGGUGCUCGAUCAGACGAUGGUAUACGUGAAUCGCACCACAGCCCUGCUCGAUACGACCUCGUCACGUGCCGGCUACAUCGAAAUCGAGGAUCGUGAAUAUCCAAUGCUGGAGUUCCGGUUCCUCUCGCUGGCGCAGGUGAAGGAGUACUGGAAGAAGCUGUACGAGAUAGCAACCCAGACGCGCAUCAACACACGCAGCACGGCCAUCGGGCGCGAAAUUCUCGUGCAGCAGAUCAACACCAAACCGAGCAUGGUCGAAGCGGUAAAGGUGCGCACUCGGCAGACGGCCGCAUUGAAUGACUGCUGUAAGCUUCCGCCGGGCGACAAAAUGGGUGCCGCCGGUAUGGAUACGGCCAUGUACAUGCACCUGAAGUCGAACUGGCACAAACUGAUCACCUUCGCAAUGCCCAUCGAUCGCCAUCGUUUGACGCAGUUGCGCAAGUCUAUCGUGGCGAAACGUGUAGCGGGCGUUGCGGGAACUGACAAGGGGAAACGGCUUACACUCAAGAAAGUGAUACGCCCGUUCAGCGCACCGGGAGGCGCACCGAAAGGCGUUGUGUCCACGGUAACCCCGGCCGGUGGGUCCAAGAUGCGCCCAAAGCGGCGCGUCAUUAAGCCAAUUAAAGUACUCAAACGACGCCCCUGGUUCGAAGGCUACGAUGAUGUCGAUAAGCGUGCACUGACGGCGAUGAGCAAGCUGCGCGUAAAGUGGACGGUCAAGGAGGACCAGCUACUGCAGGCCUGCCGUGUAGCCUUGCUCUACCUGUACGGAAACCGGCGGGCCGCUAGCUGCCCGGUCCAUUCGGCCGUCUACCGUGACAUUUUGCACUGGUCGUUUCCUGCUUCGCAGAGCAAAACGUCACGCGCUUGUCAGCGCCGGUUAACCUACAUGACAGCUCGGCUGCGUCCGCACGGCGACCAAAUACGGACCAUGUUGGAGGAGUGUAAGCUGGACCCAGAAAUCACGAUGCGCUUCGGGACGGAUUUCCUGGAGAAGCUGCAAGAGCGAUACCCCGAGCAGGAUCAUUUCGUGCUGGCCAUUCGCAUUCACUUCGUGCAGCUGGUACACAUGUUAAGGUGUCGCUUUUUCCGCAAACAGAACAUCGGGUCCGCAAGUGGCCUGUCAAGUGUCACAGGGCCGGCGGUGGUGACACGCCGGCUGCCGAACAGCAUGAGCGAGUUCUUGCGGCAGUACAAUGUGACCGAUCCGAACGCACCCCGGGUACGCUUAAACUAUGCGGCCGAUCCUACCACGCCCGAGGAACUGGUGCGCCUUAAGCUGACCAUCGUGAUGCACAGUGCCGUGGUGAACCGUCGCUCGAUUUGUGACGAACUGUUGCAGCAAAUCCUAGAGCGGUUCUCCGAGAACACGGUGAACGGGGCGGCGGAAUUGCUGCGCCGUUUCCAGAUCGUCUCUACGACUCUCAAGAAGAAUAAAAACACGAAAGUGAUCAUCAAGAGUUCAUCGCUGGCGGGUGACAAGCGCAUCUUCCAUCUGUCCAUCGGUUACCAGCAGCAGCUGUUGACGGCGAUUCCGCUCGAACGGUUUGUGCCGAUAUGGGAGCAAUAUGUGGCGCUGUUCGGUCGCGAGCAGUACACGGUGGAGUAUUACACCUGUGAGGACGGUGGAGAUGCUAUGGCGCUGCUACUGAGUGAGCUGGUGGCGAGCGAUCGUGUGGAGCUGAGCAUCGACGAGGACACGAACUACAUCGAGAUACGGAAGGACGCCGCCAAAGGGCACUCGACGGAGAUGCUUCGGAAGCUGCAUGGGGAUGAGUUAACGGAUCCUUUGCACAGUGAUUCAACGGGAGAAUUUUCCAGCACGUCCGAGCCAAGUCCGAAAAAAUCACGCCACGGAAAGUCGACGAUUUCGUCCCAGAUGACGGUGUCGAAGAAGCGUGCCCACGUGGCACGUAAACGUCCCUCGGCCAAGAAAGGAGCCGGCUCGCACCGGACUAGAUCGGUGCACUUUUCGACCGAUAACAAGAUCGUAACGUUCCAGUACGCAAUGCAUCCGAUCGAGCAGCUCGCAAAGCUCCCCAUCGAGUAUUUCCACUUUUUCUGCUUUAUGGAGCAGCUGAAGGUGGCCGACCACCGGUUGCUGGCGCAAACAUUCAAAAUCGACGAGCAGAUACCGGCGAGCUGCUCCCUGCCACGCUGCGUCGUCAUGUACCGCCAGCGCGCGGAUAAAGAUCUGAUCGGGCGCUGCCUGGAACGGGUGCAAGGCCGCACCGAGCAACUGGACCGCAUCCGACAGGCGGGAUGCCUCGAGAAUGGAAAAAUCAGUCGCCAGAAUCGCAUCGAUGCUGCGCAGUUCUUCGAUAUCCGCGAGGAUAAUCUUCUGCUGUUCUUUGGCCGGUACAUCGGCGAGUAUCAGGUGCGUGCUGGGUUGAAGCAUAAGCGCGACUUCAACCGCCAACAGCAGCUCCAAGGGGUCGCUCGAACCGCGGUAAACAUGGCGGACCUGAUCGCCGAUUGUCUGGCGGCCGAAGAAACAAGCGAAACGGAACAGCUUGGUGGUUGGCUUGAACUGUACGAGAGGACAAAUACUGUUGCUUCCGCCGUCGAUGCCAACGAAGCCGUCGACGAUGCCGACGAUGACGAAGAGCCGGACGAAAUUGGCGAGGAUUGUCAAAAGUCUGACGGCGCGUUAGGUGCAGUUUCUGAGAAGGUGUUUAAACUCCACAACUUUUACGAGGUCGCUGCGAAGACGAUCCACGUGCUAGUUCGCCUCCCACCGGAUGGUGGCACCGAUGAGUGGGAGAUGUACGGUCGGUGGUCCGUUCCACGAGCUUUCCUACCGGACGGGGCCAAGCGACGCAAGGGCAUACUCGUCACGGCGGCGAGUGACGUCGUGUGGCCGCUGGCCGAUCAGUUGGCUCCGCUUAUGAGCGAAGCGAUGACGCUAAUUGGACGCAAUCAGUACGCCCGUGCCAUACUCGAGUUUAUCGAAGAAAAAACCGUACUCGGUGCGACCGUGAAGGAGCUGGCGGCUGCCUUUCCAAACCACGACCAACUGGAGCAACAGCUACGCACGAUGAAGAACGUCAAGCUUCUGCUCCGAACCGGGUUUCGCAGUGUGACGUACGUCCACUGGCGGUACGCUGAUCUGUGGUUGAUGAAAACGGUAGUAGCGGAUGAGCUACAAUCAGACGACGACGGUCAGCUUCCCCCGGAGGAUCCGGUUCCAGGACCAAGUGGUGAGAAGCGGAAGGGCGAUACACAGGAUGAAGAACGGCAGCUUGGCUAUAAGAAGUGUAAAUUGGAACCAGGGAGCAUGGCCGCGGACGAGCAAUACGAAACUGCUGAGAAUAAAGAAUUAUCAAACAAACAUGUCCAGAUAGCGAUGGCUCCUUGGAUUCAAAUCGAUGGAACACUGGACAAACGGUUGCUCUAUCGAUGGUUAAGCACACUUCUGCUGUACUGUGUGGAACAUCCGUGCGUACCUUUUAGUGUCCUUUUUACGAGAUUCAACAUAAUGUCUCCGUUCCACCUAAGACAACUCAUGGAGAUGCUGCAAAACUAUGGGUGCGUGAGCCUGCAUGCAAUGGAACGGAAACAACCAGCGACACUCUUUUCCGUACCCCAGCCAUCCCGAAUAGUUGUCGCGACGGAGUUUUCACCAGAAGAGCAAACGUUCAUAGAACCGUCCCCGAAUGCGCUGAGCACAUUGUCUUUAUGCAUUGGCGAAUCACGAAAAUAUACGCAAGAUCUGUACGAUCCGGUGCGAAAACUCAGACGUACAGCCAUUGGACGUCCUCCGAGGAAGCCUGACGAGAUUGCAGCCGACAUUCCUGUCGAGACUUCAGCAACAACUUAGCGAACUCGCUUGGAAGGUUUUAAGAAGUACCAGUAUUUAUUUUUCGUGUAAAAUAUGACGUUACUGAAAUACAGAAUCACAAGAAGUCUACCUCGAA